UUUCUUCUUCAAUUUGAACAAGUCAGCCGUGCCACAAGCAAAAGUGCAAUCAUUGACCAGAUCGCAGGACGGCCGACCGCGCGCCGGGCGCCGGGCGCCGGCGCACUCAGGCCGGCCCAAAAACAGCAGCUGCACCCGACUCGGACGAAAAUAGGCAGAGGCUGGGACCGGGAACGCGGAUGCCGAUCAGCCAUGUCGUCCGAUGAAUGGAGAGCCGGGCUGUGCACGCAAACAAAGUCAUUUGACCCCCUGACCGUCGGCCUCAAAACCAUCUGGCGCACCGCACAGACACGGUCAGUCGGCUCAAUCGGCGGCGAUACCUAUUUGCGUCGCAGACCGGCGUACACAAGGGGUGCAGCCGGCUUUGACAACAAAGCUCCGCUGUGGAAUACCACCCCCAAUUCGUGAGAACCAGGAUCUGAAGUCGACAAAUAGCAUGCCGGAGCACACCACCUGCCAGUGGCGAGUCAUUUAUCAGUUGACCCUUUGGAAAACAGGACUUGGUCCCACGCUCGGCACCCCGAUGGGGACAUUUAUCAAGCGGACCAUUACUGACAGAAGCCAAACAAGAGAAAGGGCGCAGCUGUCGACCUGGACUUCAGCGGGGCACCAAACAAGGGGAGCGGAGAAACGACCCACAUUUCCGAUACAAUUAACCAGGAAUCUGGGAAAAGAGAGUGGCUCGCCCCAGGGCUGCUGAGAGGACCGUCAAUACUACACCCUGAGGGGAUGCACAGCCACCGCCAUCAAAUCACGAGGAACUGGGGCGGUGCUUCAAGCCGAAGAAGACAUCGCAUUGGUUCGAGGGCGGUACCUAUGUCCCUUCACCAAAUUUACUCCGCCCACCAAACUGGACCGCUGAAAUGACGUCACCAGGAGUAUUUAAACUAGAGCAAGAAAGAAAAAGGGUCUCUCUCGGUGACGAUCUACCUGGGCGGUGGGAGUGCCACUUGUAGCAGCCGACGACGCAGCAGCAGCCUACUCUCUUCAAGGAGACCGAGGUCAUGUUCGGACGACUGGCCCUCCUGCUACUCUGGGUCGCAGCCAGCCGCACCAAAGGAUCGGAAGAAAAUGACGUCACGCCCGGCCUGCGAAGCGGAAUCUUAUUCCAGCCGAAGGGACCAUUGGUGUUGGCCACCGGAACCUGGACAGCAAUAGUGAGAUUUCAGCAAGAGGACGUCGAAAGGCAAUCAAAUCAAAUCCGGGAGCAAUUCACCAAAAUUGAUAGGGCUUUAGAGAACAGCGGCGAAUUUGAAGCGAACCAGACGGCCGAAGAACAGAGAACCCAACAAUUUAUCAGAGAAAUGAAAGCCAUGUGGAAUCAAGAGCGUACCUGGAUGGAGGCUGAGCUAAGGGCUGGUGAAGUUGAAAUCCAGGAACUCAGGACGGAAUUGAGACUCAGUCGCCGAGCCAGGGGACUGAUUAACGCCCUUGGCGACGGUUUAAAAUGGUUGUUUGGCACCGCCACGGAAACUGAUGUCCAAAAACUGCAUAAACAAAUCGAAGGAAUCACGGCCGGCGUGGGAAAACUUCAUCAUAUUGCUGAACUACAGACCACCUUAAUCGGAGAAAUUUCAAAGCGUCAGAAGAACAACGACAAACACUUAGUGACGCUGGCCAGAAAGGCCAUCGAGCUGGAGUCACUCUUUACAGUUACGAGAGAUGCCGACCACAUUACCAUGCGGAAUAUUCGUCGGGAGCUCGAUUUCGGCCACGCGAUCUCCUCUGCCAUCCGUACCGCAAGCGCCGCUGUGAUGACUUUUCACCACGAAGUGAGGCAAAUCAGCCGGGCGAUGGCGCACACUCAACAAGGAGUGGUAACGCCGGCCAUUUUGUCGCCCGCAACGCUGAAGACCACCAUGGCGGCCAUCACUAAUCACCUGCCUGAUGGGUGGGUGCCAGCCAUCUCGCUCUCAGAAACACCGGCAAACAUCUACAAGUUCUUAGAAAUUUCCGCGGUGGCGCUUGAAGACGGCUGGGAAGUGCAUAUCCAAAUCCCGCUCCAAUACCGGCCAUAUGGACAAUACCAUCUCUUUAAGGUCAACUCCAUCCCUACACACUUCUCUAAUUCCUCAAUUGCCCUAGAAGCCCAAGUCCCCUACCCAUAUUUCGCAAUAUCGAAGGACCAGCGCCUACACAUUGAACUGUCGGCAGAAGAAAUUAGCCGUUGCCGCCACGUCGGUGGGCGAACGAUGUGCAACAAGCUUACACCUCUCAUCAAGGAGAAGAGAGAGGGUUGUCUAUACCAUGCUUUCCGGGACGAAGAAAGCAAGGUUGAGGAAGAAUGCGUGCGGAAAAUGAUAAAACCGAAACCGCAAAUAUACCCCGUAGCGGACAACAAAUGGCUUUAUGUACUACCAACCGAGGAGUUAUUCUCUAUGCAAUGUGCCGGAGAAGGAAUGCCAACCAAAGGGUUCCGGUUACAAGGAACAGGUAUUUUCUCCCUUCCGGCCAGCUGCACUGCGAUGGGAGACCAUUACAUCAUCCCAGCUCAUCUGAAAAGGCAAGGCGACACCCCAGCUGAGAUGAAAUUGACUGACAUGACUCACUUCAAGAUUGAACUGAAACCAAGUACUUUCCAAAACUACAUUUCUACCAAAGGAAGGAUAAACCAAACAGAACUAAAUGAAAUUCUUGAAGCAGCCAAAGAGACGGAUCGAGAAGAUUCAAUGCUGACAGAGCUGAAAGAAACAAUGAAGAACUGGAACGAAUCCCCGGACACAGAAGGGAUAUCCUUCAAGUUAAUCAACCACACCUCCCUAACCCUCGGAGGAGUCGCCCUGCUUGGGGUGCUCGGCCUGCUUGCCUACAACUGCAGCCGAAACAGACGACCACAGAGUACCAUCAUCCAACCCUGCCAAAAUCCCGACCUGUCCAUCCCAUCUGCCCCUCUCCUGCCCGAUCCCAGCCAGAUAUCACAACUCCAAUCCCGGAUCCACCACCUGGAAGUAAUCACAACGGACCUGCAAUGUCGCAUGGAGAAGACGGCGCAACUCGAAAUCGCCCUCGCUAAGCUGAAAAAACAACACGAUGAGCUGACCGCCCUUCUCUAAGUCCAAACCGGACAGAGAACGGGCCGGUAACCGACACGGAUGCAGGCCGACCCAGAUGAGAACGGGACGCGGAAGGACGACUACAAACUCGAUGAACGGCCAGGACGACUACACGACAACUAGCAGGGAUAUCAAUCACGAGCGGCUGAGGUGGACCGAGCGGCUGUCUCAAAAAGCCACUCACCACCACUCGGCUACAACAACCGGUGGACGACUACACUCUAUGGUGGACCGACUACACAACCGUCGGACUGAUCCAGAUGGGAACGAGGAAGGAGGACGACUACAAACCCGGUGAACGGCCAGGACGACUACACGACAACUAGCAGGGACAUCAAUCACGAGCGGCUGAGGUGGACCGAGCGGCUGUCUCAAAAGCCACUCACCACCACUCAGCUACAACAACCGGUGGACGACUACACUCACCGACUACUGAGGUGGACCGACUACACAACCGCCAGACUGAUCCAGAUGGGAACGGGGAAGGAGGACGACUCCAAACCCGGUGAACGGCCAGGACGACUACACGACAACUAGCAGGGACAUCAAUCACGAGCGGCUGAGGUGGACCGAGCGGCUGCCUCAAAAAGCCACUCACCACCACUCGGCUACAACAACCGGUGGACGACUACACUCUAUGGUGGACCGACUACACAACCGUCAGACUGAUCCAGAUGGGAACGAGGAAGGAGGACGACUACAAACCCGGUGAACGGCCAGGACGACUACACGACAACUAGCAGGGACAUCAAUCACGAGCGGCUGAGGUGGACCGAGCGGCUGUCUCAGAAAGCUACUCACCACCACUCGGCUACGGCAGCCGUGGACAACGACCGGUGGACGACUUCACGCUAUUGGUGGACAGACCAACUCAAUUCAUCAGGUAACGCUGUCACACCGACGGCGAGCCUGGAAUGACAGCGGGCGAUAUACUAAACGAGUAAGCUUGGCCCAGUGUAUGUGUAUAUAGUAUGUGUAUAUAGUAUGUGUAUGUGCUAGUUUAUGCUUAAAGACUGCUGUAGGAAUUGGGGAUGGCCGCAGCGGGCCUAAACCUGCUACACAGCAAGGGUAGAUCGAGAAUCGCGCGGAUGUGUGAUUUAUGCGACCGAUGUUUGAAUGUGUGGGGUUAAUUGGUUAGUAGGGAUAAGUAAAACAUGUAAAAGUCAGUCCCGGGGACGCCCCAUGCUCAUCCUAUACUUCCUACCCAGCCAAGCACUCAUGUCAAAUAGCCGCCAAUCCUUAAGACCCCGGCCACUCGCUCUCACCACAGCAGUCACCAGGACUACAGCGACAAUGGCAACGGCAGAAGCAGACUCCCGCCCGUCUAGUCGCGGGGCGCGACUAUAAAAAAGAGAUCUGAAAAUGUAACGCAGAUGCGCCACAUUUUUUUUUUCUUCUUCAAUUUGAACAAGUCAGCCGUGCCACAAGCAAAAGUGCAAUCAUUGACCAGAUCGCAGGACGGCCGACCGCGCGCCGGGCGCCGGGCGCCGGCGCACUCAGGCCGGCCCAAAAACAGCAGCUGCACCCGACUCGGACGAAAAUAGGCAGAGGCUGGGACCGGGAACGCGGAUGCCGAUCAGCCAUGUCGUCCGAUGAAUGGAGAGCCGGGCUGUGCACGCAAACAAAGUCAUUUGACCCCCUGACCGUCGGCCUCAAAACCAUCUGGCGCACCGCACAGACACGGUCAGUCGGCUCAAUCGGCGGCGAUACCUAUUUGCGUCGCAGACCGGCGUACACAAGGGGUGCAGCCGGCUUUGACAACAAAGCUCCGCUGUGGAAUACCACCCCCAAUUCGUGAGAACCAGGAUCUGAAGUCGACAAAUAGCAUGCCGGAGCACACCACCUGCCAGUGGCGAGUCAUUUAUCAGUUGACCCUUUGGAAAACAGGACUUGGUCCCACGCUCGGCACCCCGAUGGGGACAUUUAUCAAGCGGACCAUUACUGACAGAAGCCAAACAAGAGAAAGGGCGCAGCUGUCGACCUGGACUUCAGCGGGGCACCAAACAAGGGGAGCGGAGAAACGACCCACAUUUCCGAUACAAUUAACCAGGAAUCUGGGAAAAGAGAGUGGCUCGCCCCAGGGCUGCUGAGAGGACCGUCAAUACUACACCCUGAGGGGAUGCACAGCCACCGCCAUCAAAUCACGAGGAACUGGGGCGGUGCUUCAAGCCGAAGAAGACAUCGCAUUGGUUCGAGGGCGGUACCUAUGUCCCUUCACCAAAUUUACUCCGCCCACCAAACUGGACCGCUGAAAUGACGUCACCAGGAGUAUUUAAACUAGAGCAAGAAAGAAAAAGGGUCUCUCUCGGUGACGAUCUACCUGGGCGGUGGGAGUGCCACUUGUAGCAGCCGACGACGCAGCAGCAGCCUACUCUCUUCAAGGAGGUCAGUCAUUCUCGGAGCACAGACGGCCAUUCCCAGUCCACCCGCUAUAAUGCCCGCCCCCUUUCGUUCUCCCGUAAUGACCUACCCUCCCUCUCUCUUGUAAGCUGACCCAUGCCUCCCGACGGGCGUCUCUGGGACGGGGGGGUAGAUACGUGGGGAGGGGAGGCGAGGGAACGCGUGCCAGACGGCGGGCCGGCCGACCCAAGUGAAAGGGAAAGUGUUUGUGUGUAGGGUCAGUAGUGAAUUCCUGACCGCUCCGCGGAUACGUCCCCGGGCCGAUUCAAGGUGUAGGUUCGCGGGCUCCGAGCGGUUCGAUCGUGUGGGGGUUUAGACGAGCUGAACCCCCCCCGACGUUGAGUAUCCAAUGUCUGCCGUGAAUGAGUUAUCAGUGCCGACUGAUUUAAUUGGGUUCGAAUGUGGGAGCUUGUAAAUAAAUCGCAGAAAUAGCA